AUUCUGAAAUGGGGUUAGCUACCUUCGUCCAGGCGGCGUCUCCUGGUCGGCAGAAAACCAUCCCCGUAUCUCCAUGCAGAAGGUGAUACGGCAAAUGUGAAAAUGUGUGAUAAUUCGAGGUACGUUUUCAAGAAUAAAAUAAGAGGGUGUACGGCAGUAAUCUUGAAAUUUGAACGUCCGAUACCAGUCAUCUUCCGGCGCACCACGACCCAUGUCUGUAGGCGCUUCUUCAUGAUCGGGAGCCUGCUCGUCACCCAGAUGCGUGACCUCGGACGCGGCGCUGCCGUCACCAACGGCGUUGAGAUUGGGCUCUUCAUGAUCGGGAGCGUCCUCGUAACCCAGGUGCGUGACCUCGGACGCGGCGCUGCCGUCGUUGAGAUUUGGCUCUUCAUGAUCGGGCGCGUGCUCGUGACCCAUAUGCGUGAUCUCGGACGCGGCGCCGCCGUCACGGACGGCGUUGAGAUUGGGCAGCGCGCCCGUGGUGCCCGUGGGCAGGUGCUUCAGGUGACAGGAGACGUCGCGGGCGUCGCCUGGUGACAAGGGGAAGACGAGCGCGUGCUCCGAGCCGCCCCGAGGAGCGGCGGGAAGCAGGAGGCGCGGCGUUGGUCUCACGGCAGCGCGCCACGCCCGGCAGACGGAGCGGAAGGUGGCAAUUCCCAUGACGGCAUCGCGCGUCCUCCGGCCGAUGGGUUCCAGGAGGUCCGACGGGAGCUUCAGCCAGUCGGGUUGUUCGUCCAUCGUCGUGGUACCAGGGGACGUACGGCAGGAGCACGGCGGAGGCAAAGAUAUAUGCACGAAGUAUAUUUGUAUGUAGCCCCAAUACACAUCUAUGUUUAUGGGAACCCGAUCGGAAUACUACUCCUACUUGAUUUGAGAAUACGAGAUGACCACGAACAGCACGUUGUGUGCGGCGGAGUCCGUGACGGAUCAAGCGAUGUCGGCGCGGACCGGACUGCCGACCCGACUCGAACGCCUCGAUCGAUCGAUUCGAUAUAAAUAUCCACGACCCGAGCAGCACAGCCCCAUCGUUCCAAAGCAACCGAGCGAAACACACGAUCGUGAGGAGUCGACAAAACAGGAAAGAGCGGCCGCCGACGACAACAAGAUGCAGAUCUUCGUAAAGACCCUGACGGGCAAGACAAUCACGCUGGAGGUGGAGAGCAGCGACACCAUCGACAACGUCAAGGCCAAGAUCCAGGACAAGGAGGGCAUCCCGCCGGACCAGCAGCGCCUCAUCUUCGCCGGGAAGCAGCUCGAGGACGGCCGCACGCUCGCCGACUACAACGUGCAAAAGGAGUCGACGCUGCACCUGGUGCUCCGCCUCCGCGGCGGCACCACCAUCAAGGUCAAGACGCUCACCGGCAAGGAGAUUGAGAUCGACAUCGACCCCACCGACACGGUGGACCGCAUCAAGGAGCGCGUCGAGGAGAAGGAGGGCAUCCCACCCGUGCAGCAGAGGCUCAUCUUCGCCGGCAAGCAGCUCGCCGACGACAAGACUGCCAAGGACUACAAUAUCAAGGGUGGAGACGUGCUGCACCUCGUCCUCGCCCUCAGGGGCGGUGGCUCUUGCUAGAGCCGACUAGUCAUAGGGUAUAGCCGCGGUCUUGCUACGUUAAUAUUUUGGUACUUUAUAAAAGAUAAAAGUUAUUUUUUCUGUUGGUUUGUAUUUUGGGCCUUUGUUCUGCAAUUUCUGUG